UAUAUAUAUAAAAGGUAGAUUCCUUGGCGUUGGUCAGGUUAAUAUUUGAUAAAUUAGAGCUCAUUUCAAUGUCUAAGAGUGUAACUUUAAAGGCGGUCUAUAUGUCAGUGACAUUCAAAGAACGAUAGGCUGCUAUUUCAGAAGUAAUGUACAUUAUAAUAGUUAUUACUGCAUGUACUGUUGAAGGAAUUUAUUUAAUGUAGGAAUAAAGUUUCGUGAAAGGAAGUAGACAGCGAGAUAUACUAUAUGUCUAAUUAAAAGAAGUGAUUGGAGUUUAAACUUACUGUAGAAAAAGAUUGACACCAUAUUACAUAUGGGAAAAAGUCUGUGAUACAUAAGAGACUGACAUCUGAUGUACAUAUAAUCUACAAGGAUUAACUGAGAACAAGCCACAAUGUUCUCAGAACUAGCCUUGACGGGAGUUGCUAUAGCGUUUUUGGCUUUUCUGUGGAAGAAAUAUUCAAGUAAGCUCCCACCAAACUUGCCACCUGGACCAACGCCAACGUCGCUUUUUGGAAAUUUUAAGGACUUAGACAUAAAUGGAGUGCACAAGAGUCUUCAUGGCAUUUUCGAGAAGUUUGGACCAGUUGUACACAUCCGAUUAUUGCGGAGGAAUAUUGUUAUAUUAAACACAUCAGAAGUGAUGAGAAAAGCCUUCGAUACAGCAAAAUUUGAAGAAUCGCUGAAUGACAAAGCAAAAGGAUUUUAUGGUACAUACCUGGUAUAUGGGCAUGCUGAUAUAUUGCUUGGUCCAUACAACGAAAGAACGUUCAAGCUGAAAAGCGUCAUGCACAAAGGGCUUAUGCCCUCAAUGUCUAGUGCUCAACUAAAAGCAGAGUUAGAGGAACUAAUUGAUGCUUUUAAAGAUAAAGUUGGAAAGGAUUUUUGUCCUAGAAGGAGCGUUGAAUCAAUAAUUGCUAAAACCUUAACGAUGUUGAUUGCAGGUCAAUGUGCCGAUAAUGAUCAGAAAAUUAUUUCUGACUUUGUUUUUUGGUCAAACAAAUUGCUAAAUCCGAGAAUUGAAAGCUUGCUAAAGAAUUUGCCGUUUCUUCGUCACCUUCCCGGCGAACCAGGCACUAUGUAUACAACCGCCAAAAGGAAGAGAGAUAUCCUUCUUCAAAGAUUUCUCACUGAUUAUCGUGUUAGUAUAUUCAUAGAAUAUCUUCUCUGAUUACCUUACAACACUGUAUAGUCAUCUCAUGAAAGAUUUGCUAUUGAAAUUGUUCUUACCAGUUUCCAAACUCAUCGGCCAUUAAGCUGAACCAUCUGUUGCUUCCUGUGCGUUUUGCGUACGUCCGUACAUUAACAGUUAUUAAAUAUUUUGUACCUGUAUGACACAUACAUUUUGUAAUGUCACAUUCAGAGUUAUUACUCUGAAUUGUAAACAUUGUCCAUAAUUACAACCAUAUGAAAUUCAUGGUUUUCAUUUUGGCAGAAGAAAAAGCUAUAUUCAUUUCUGAAACUUAAUGUGCAUUAAAAUGGGCAC